ACGAGGGGACGCGCUAUAGACGGACGGACAGCUAGAAAUGGAAAUGCAGACAAAAUGCAGUGUCUCCGCUCUGUGAGCUGCAUACACCAGAUUCACUGCCCUAAAUCCUCCCAAUAACGCUGUUGUCGUUGCAAAAAAAAAGAAGGGAUUUAGGUUUAACAAUCGUCCUUCGCGGCAGACAGCGUUUGGUGACUGGACUCUUCCGUUCUGUCGCUGCGGCAGAGCGUUCUUCUUCUCUGCAGUCGAGAGCCAAGGCUGUUGUACAGAAGCCAUCGCUGUAUGAUUCGCCUUGUUCUGCGCUGUUUUUCAGCUUUCUAUCUAUUCGUUCGUGCGGUAAAGCGCUGGUGGUGAAGUCAACGACAAAACGCUAGUGUGGAUCUAGUGGGCGCAUUACAUCCAUCUCUAUCGCGUCUACGGUCUGCUACACUGCUGUCGCUUUCAGGAUGGCGCUAACGAUUUGCACGAGAUUCACCGAUGAAUUCCAGCUUUUCGAGGAGCUGGGGAAGGGAGCGUUCUCUGUGGUGAAGAGAUGUCUCAGGAUCUCGUCUGGUCAGGAGUUUGCUGCCAAAAUCAUAAACACCAAGAAAUUGUCUGCCAGAGACCACCAGAAGCUUGAGAGAGAGGCCAGGAUUUGCCGUCUGCUGAAACAUCCCAAUAUUGUGAGGCUUCAUGACAGCAUAUCAGAGGAGGGCUUCCACUACCUACUGUUUGAUCUGGUGACUGGAGGAGAGCUGUUUGAGGACAUCGUAGCCAGGGAGUACUACAGUGAGGCUGACGCCAGGGGGGAAGAGGAGCUGUUCAUCAAACCCACCAUCUUCAUCACCAUCAUCAUCACCAUCUUCAUCACCACAGAGAGGCCUGAGAACCUCCUAUUGGCCAGUAAGCUGAAGGGGGCGGCGGUUAAGCUAGCUGACUUUGGGCUCGCCAUCGAGGUGCAGGGCGACCAACAGGCAUGGUUUGGUUUUGCUGGUACACCAGGCUACCUGUCUCCAGAGGUUCUGAGAAAAGACCCAUAUGGGAAGCCUGUGGACAUGUGGGCCUGUGGGGUGAUCCUGUACAUCCUAUUGGUCGGUUAUCCUCCCUUCUGGGACGAGGACCAACACAGACUGUACCAGCAGAUCAAGGCUGGGGCCUAUGAUGUGAGAACUACCAACCUCUAUCUAUCUCUCUGUCUGCCUGACCUCUACGACAGGAGAAUCUCUCUCUGUCUGUCUGACUCCUCUCUACGAUGGAGAACUACCAACCCUAUCUCUCUGUCUGUCUGA